AUGUCGGGAAAUUCUUCUCAUUCACAUUCCACUCAUUCGCGUCGCCAUCUUCGUUCCACUACUUCUGGAAGUUCUCCGAGUUCACAUCAAACAGUCUCUGAGGCUUCCGAUAAUUCGACGAGAACUUCACAGCAUACGAUUUCAAGAAAUUCACCCCGAAGUAGAAGUUCACACCGAGCCGCACAACAUCUAUCAUCCCCACAAAACCAAGAGAUUGAACGUGGAAGUACCCAAAAUACAGAGCAGGAAGCAGUCCAACUCGAUCAGAGUGAGCGCCAUUCACCAGUACGAUCACAGCUAACCGAAUCAAGUGCACUUCACUAUGGCUCUGAUCUGGACACAUCAAGUCAGGUGGGCAGUACGAUAUCAUGGCAGCGAACAGUGCGACAUAUGCGACCCGAUAUUAAUUGUGCCCCAUCUCAGCAUCGUACUGUUUGCAUUGACAGUAUGGAG